AAGCGCGCUUCUCCUAUCCACACUACCCUCGCAUUCAUUUUCUAAGCUUUUUGUGAGAAAUCAUGGCCAAGCUUGUGAGCCCGAAGGCCUUCUUUGUCUUCCUGUUCGUGUUCCUUCUCAUUUCAGCUUCGGAGUUUUCAGGUAGUGAGGCGAAACUUUGCCAGAAGAGAAGCAGAACAUGGUCUGGAUUUUGUGCGAACUCUAACAAUUGCAGCCGUCAAUGCAAGAACUUAGAAGGGGCCAGGUUCGGAGCAUGCCACCGCCAAAGAAUAGGCCUUGCUUGCUUCUGCUACUUCAAUUGUUAAAUUGAAAUGGGUUUCUGAGCACUGGUAGUAAAUAAGAGUGCAGUGCCCUUCACAAUUCUCCCCCUUUGGAUUGUGGGGGCAUCCAAACUCAGUGGUUUCGGUGUGCCAUGAAACGAAAACCAUUGUUGUGUUCGAUGUCGCAUGCGUGUUGUGUUGUGUUAUGUGUUGAUGUAUGGGCACCUGUGCCUACUAUUAUUACUUACUGUAAUUUGUGAUUGUACUUAACCUAA